GUCAAGGCAGUUGGAUUGGGCCACAUACAAACGAGCAAUCCAAGCCAAACGCCAAAUAGAGCCUACGCUAUAUGAAUUUGGCCUAUUCAUGGAAGACCUGGUAGAAAAGGCUAGCGAUGUAACUAAGUACAUUCCUCCUAAAUCCAGCACGUCAAGGCCUGCAAGGAAUCAUGACCGUUCGCACGUCUUCCUACAUGCACCAGCAACCAACAGCAUCGAACAAGACAGGAAUACCAGUCCUUCAAGCUUCACCUCAAGUGCUAGAAACCAACCACAAGGUCCAGAGAGAGUUUCCUAUGGGACAGGUGAAUGUCUAGUCUGCCACGAUCCAGCACAUCGCGUUAAACACUGCGAUAGCUUUAAACGCAUGAGCCUUGAAGCACGACAAGCUACCGUGAGGAAAUUCAAACUGUGCUAUGUAUGUUUGGGAAUGCAUGCGUCCAAUCUAUGCAGAUCCAGAUACGUCUGCCAAGUUUCGGGUUGUCGAGAACGACACCACACGCUACUUCACGAGGGUCCACCAGAUUCCACACCCACGUAUACAACGGCACAGUAACCGUCGAAACCUUGGCGUUCCUGGAUGAAGGAUCGUCUCUCACACUGGUGGAAGCAGCGUUAGCGGAACAACUUGGGCUGAAAGGGGAUCCGGAUCCGCUAGAGCUUCAUUGGACUUCCGACGUCAAAAGGAAUGAAGCUACUUCUCGUCGCGUCAGUCUGCAGAUCUCGGCAAAAGGGGGUGAGCGGCGCUAUUCAAUAGCGGCCGCUCACACUAUCAACAAGCUAAGUCUUCCACCACAAAACCCAAAUUUAAAACAUCUGAUAAGAAACCUUUACUACUUGCAGGACAUUCCACUUCUCACCGUCGACCACCCCGUUCCACAAGUGCUCAUCGGGUUAGCAGACGUAGAAUUGCUAAAACCGCUGGAAACACGUUCGGGGCAGCCUGGAGAGCCGAUCGCCGUUCGCAGUGCGCUAGGGUGGGCCAUUUAUGGAACGAUAAAUGCAAGUAAUAAGGAGAGAUGUCAAAGCGCUCAUUAUCACAACACCCAUCUGAUUGAGGAUAGCCACCGAUCCUCCAGCAACAAAGAAAACAAUGAUCAAGAACUGAACGAGACCAUGCGGCAGUACUUUGCGUUAGAGGAAAGUGCUGUGUGUUCCUUUAACAAGUUCCUGUCAGAACCUGAAGAUGUGCGUAGGGCAAAAAUAAUAUUAGAAACCACUACAACUAAGUGCAAUGGCCGUUACACUACGGGCUUGUUGUGGAAAAGCGAUGAUUUCCGUUUUCCAGACAGUAAACCGAUGGCGAUGGCAAGGCUUCGAUCCCUCGAGAGAAAGUUAGAAAAGGACCCAGACCUGAAAGAAAACGUACAUAAUCAGAUACGAUUGUAUGUUGAAAAGGGUUUCGCACAUAGGGCAGAGGAGUCUGAGUUGAACUCGGUCGAACAAAAAAGGGUCUGGUACUUACCGCUCAAUGUAGUUGGGCAUCCCCGAAAACCAGAUAAAAAGCGUUUAGUGUGGGAUGCAGCAGCCAAAGUAAGAGGAGUAUCGUUGAACUCGGAGCUGUUGAAAGGGCCCGACCUGUUAGUGCAGCUGCCCACCGUUCUUUGCAAAUUCCGCCAACGCCUGGUGGCAUUUGGGGGAGACAUUGAGAAAAUGUUCCACCAAAUCCGUAUAAGAGAAGAGGACAAGCACUCACAAAGAUUCCUCUUUCGUUUCGAUCCAAACCAUGAACCACAAACCUACAUCAUGGAUGUCGCAACAUUUGGAGCUUCUUGUUCUCCAUGCUCAGCCCAGUAUAUAAUGCACCGAAAUGCGGAAGAACAUGCCAACAUAUAUCCAGAAGCGGCAGCCGCUAUCAAACAAAGCACAUACAUGGACGACUACUUCGAUAGUUGCGACACGUUGGAAGAGGCAAUUAAUAGGGCAAAACAAGUACGGCACAUUCAUGCGCAGGCUGGAUUCAAUAUGAGAAACUGGGUGAGCAACAACAAUGCUGUCCUCGAAGGUCUGGAAGAAUCAACGAGCGAUCGUGAUCUGUUUAUAAACUUCGGUCAAGAGGGUAAGCACCCACGCGUGCUUGGAAUAAUAUGGGACCCCGUAUCAGACUCAUUCAAAUUUUCUGCAAACUGGCAUGAAGAGCUGAAACCAUACAUUGAUGGCACCAAGAAGCCUACUAAGCGCAUAGUUCUGCGAAUCAUCAUGAGUCUGUUUGACCCAUUGGGACUUGUGGCGCCAGUGCUCAUCCAUGGCAGAAUGAUGAUGCAAGAUCUCUGGCGUGAUAACCUAAAAUGGGAUGAUGAACUAAAUGAAACACAGUAUAACAAGUUUAAACGAUGGACGGCACUACUUCCCAGUAUCCAUUCCCUAAGAAUCCCGCGAUGCUACUUUGGAGUGAACGCGUCAAACACACAUGCUCCCCUACAAUUGCACAUUUUUACCGACGCUAGUGAGUUGGGGUACGGCUGUGCGGCCUACUUUAGAAAAGAGACUCCUAGCGGUAUACGUUGUGCGCUGGUUAUGGCACGAAGUAAAGUAGCCCCCUUACAACACCUGACGAUCCCCAAGCUAGAAUUACAGGCAGCGCUACUGGGCGCAAGACUAAAACGCAUGGUAUGCGACAGCCACGACCUGGAAAUUAAAGCCACGUACUUCCACACAGAUUCUGAAGUAGUGCUUUCGUGGAUCAGAACACCUACCCAUGAGCUAAAGCAGUUUGUAGCAUGUCGAGUAGGCGAAAUAUUGUCACUAUCAGACUCAAAGGAAUGGAGACACGUCCCUACUAAAGAAAACCCUGCCGAUUGUUUAACAAAGUGGGGGAAGGAUACUAUGAUCGAUCCACAAGGCAGAUGGCUGAACGGGCCUGCGUUUCUGUAUCUGAAUGAGAACAACUGGCCUGCGCAAAAACCGAUUGAAGCUACAAACCAGGAACGGAAAACAUGCUACAUCUCAGUGCAUUCAAGCCCAGCGUCACCCCAUAGAGAGCUAGUAGUAGAUGCAUUCAGAAUUUCCAGUUGGAAAGUUUUAGUGCGAACUGUCGCAAAUCUUUGGCGUUUCGUUUCCAAUUGUCGGCGUAAAGCAAAAGGUCUGCCAAUACAAUCCCUCAAAGCCACCAAAAGGCAAAUCGGCAGUAUCAAACAAAAAAUAGCAGCAGAACAUACACCCCUAACCAGCGAAGAAUACCAGAAAGCCGAACGAUUUCUGCUGCAAAACGCACAGAUGGAUGCUUUUGAGAAAGAAGUUCAGGUGUUAGCUAAGUCCAACUCGACUCACGCCCCACGCACCACUCAGAAUGAAACCGCACCUCAAGUACCACGCAAUAGUACGCUUUAUGGCUUAACCCCCUUUUUAGAUGAGUUUGGGAUCCUGCGAAUCGAUGGGCGCACAGCCAAAGCUCAUCACAUUCCCUUCGAUACAAGAUACCCCAUCAUUCUACCGAAAACACACUACGUUACAACACUUAUUUUGAGGGAGUAUCAUCAACGCUUUGGUCACGCUAACAACGAGACUGUGGUAAACGAAGUACGGCAACGUUUCUACCUAAAACACCUGCGAUCCAGCGUGGCCAGAAUCGCCAAAAACUGUCAACGAUGCAAAAUCAAGAAGACGCAACCAUUACAGCCACGAAUGGCACCGUUGCCAGAAGCAAGGCUUACUCCAUAUGUACGUCCGUUUUGUAAAGUGGGAGUAGAUUAUUUAGGGCCGAUCGAGGUGGUUAAUUCGAGGCGCAAAGAAAAGCGUUACAUUGCAGUAUUCACCUGUUUAGUGACGAGAGCGGUGCAUUUAGAAGUAGCGCACAGCCUUUCUACUGAAGCCUGCAUUAUGGCGAUAAGACGUUUCGUUAGCAGACGCGGAGCUCCCAGCGAGAUAUUUUCCGACAACGGGACCAAUUUCGUUGGAGCCAAUAAUGAACUCACGAAACAACUGGCGGACAUCAACUACUCUUGUGCCGAAACAUUCACCGGUGUUCAGACGAGAUGGAUAUUUAAUCCCCCUUCGGCACUCCAUAUGGGAGGCGCAUGGGAACGGAUGGUGCGAAGUGUUAAGGAAGCUAUGCUAGCACUGGAUGACGGUAGGAAACUGAACGACGAGAUACUCCUAACCGCAUUAGCCGAUUCAGAAAGUCUGAUCAACUCCCGACCGCUUACCUAUAUGCCGCAAAGCUCGUCAAAUGCAGAAGCGCUUACACCCAACCACUUUCUGUUAGGGAGUUCGUGCGGAACCAAGGAGCAGCUGCGUCCCAACGUAGAUUUAGCAGAAACACUAAGAAGCAGCUACAAACGAUCUACAGCUUUAGCCGAUGCGAUGUGGGACCGUUGGUUGAAGGAGUAUUUGCCAGCCCUGAACACUAGGUCCAAAUGGCACGAAGAUACGCGUCGGUUGAAUGUUGGCGAUCUUGUAUUCAUCGCUGAGGGUCCGCGGAAGAAUUGGUUGAGGGCGAAGGUUGAGGAGACGAUAGCCGGUAAAGACGGCAGAAUAAGGCAGGUGGUAGUGCGGACGGCAAACGGCAAGUCACUAAAAAGACCAGUAGUUAAAAUCGCUGUUCUUGAUGUUGAGUGCGAUUGCGAUACAGUAUAG